CUCGGUAUAAAUAAUUUGAUGAUCUCUUUAAUUCAAUUGAAGAUAUCUUUAAUUAUUUACAAUGCUUUUGUAUAAGGAAUUAAUGCGCGCAUCAAUUCUUUUAAAGAGAGCAACAAUUCAAUUAAAGAGAUCAUUAAUUCAAUUGUGGAUAUGUUGAAUUGAAGAUAUCUUUAAUUAUUUAGUUGCUCUCUCUAAAAGAAUUAUUGCUCUCUUCAAAUGAAUUAAAGAUAUCAUUAAUUCAAUUGAAGAGAUCAAUAAUUGAAUUAAUGCUCGCAUUAAAUCCAUUAUUGCUCUCAUCAAAUGAAUUAAUGCGCGCAUCAAUUCAAUUAUUGCUCUCAUCAAUUGAUUUAAUGCGCGCAUUAUAUCAAUUAUUGCUCUCUUUAAUUGAAUUGUAGCGCGCAUCAAUUCAAUUGUUGAUAUCAUUAAUUCAUUUGAAGAGAUCAUUAAUUCAAUUAAAGCGCGCAUCAAUUCAGCAGAAGAAUUAAUGCUAUCAUCAAUUCAUUUAAUGCGCGCAAUAAUUCAGAAUUGAAGAUAUCAUUAAUUAUUUGAAGAGAUCUUUAAUUCAAUUGUUGCGCGCAUCAAAUGAAUUGAUGAUAUCUUCAAAUAAUUGAAGAUAUCUUCAAUUAUUUGAGUUUAUGUUAAUUUGGCGCUCCAUACUGAUCCGCUCCUAGUCCGAAAUAUCGAUCUAGUCCGCUCCACACAAGGGUAUAUGAUCCGCUCCGGGUCAGAAACCCUUGACUUGGGAAGAUCUGUCAAAGUCGGAAGAGUUUGAAACCUUGAUCUUUCAUUACACCGCACUGUACAUGCCCGAGAUUACUAACUCAUUGGCUUACUGGUGCAUCAUUCAAAAACAACAUGGAUAUCAACAAUCAGAUAAAGAUAGAAGAGGACGAUUCGGGACAAACGGGAAUGCACAUUUCCAUAGAUAAUGGCGAUCUUAUGAAUUUCUCGACCUCCUUCGACAAAUGGUACAACUCGUUCUUGACUUUGCUGAAAACAAAUACAGACCUUACUGAUGAAUUGGAAGUUCAGAGGACAUUGAACAAGAGCUUGAUCGACAAAGUGAACAGCCUGACUACCGAAAAUGAAAAAAUUCUGGAAACUCUGAACAAUCUAAACUGCAAAAUGUACGUGUAUUGCGACUUAGAGGAACAAGUUGUAACUCUGAGAAAAAAGAUUGAAACGAAGGACAAAGAACAUUUACAAACCCUGGAGGAGAUAAAACAGCUGAAGAAAUCAAAUUACGAGAAAGAAGAGUUACUACGUGAAGACCACGAAAAUGAACUGUCGCUAUCCAUGAAGAAGUUUUCUGAGACAAUGGAAAAGACAACAAAACAUUAUGAGGAAGUUAUUCAAAAGAAAGAUGAACAAUUGGAAGAAAUUAGUGAGGCUUCGAAGAAACAUGAAGAAAACCUUAGAGCGGAAGUGACGCAUCUAACGAUGGAAUGGGAGGAGAAAAUCUCUAAGCUGAAGCAACGGCUGCAACAGCAGACAAAGCCAGGUGGUGCUAGCAAUCAAGAAAUAUUUCGAAUGAAGUUCCUAAACCUUAAACAGGAGUACGACGUUGAGAUGAGGAGGCUACAACAGGUGAUACAGACGUUAGAGGAAAAAAUCCGAACAAGCUCCGACAACACCGUGGUUCCGCCUGGACGACCUAGCCUCAAGAAGAGAAAGCUCUGACGCCCGUACUUGUGACACUUGAUUCCUCUGGUAUUAAGUAAAGUAUGACAAAGACAAUAGAAUGUUUACACUUUUAUUUAUAAAAAUUUUAAUGAAUGGAUGUAUAUAAACAAUGUGAUGAAAUAACGAUAUCUGAAAUGAAUGAAAAGAUAUAUACACACACGACAAAAUUAGAAUGUAGAUGGAUUAACUUACUUUCUCACUGAUAAAAGAUAAACUAAUUCUAUUAGAA